GGGAGGUUCAGCUACUGGUCUGCUGGGGAGGAAGGAGUUAAGUGAUACUGCUGUCACCUGAGCUGGGCAUCAAAUUACCUGGGUCCAGUUUCCACCUGGGAAGAGCCUGACCCUGGGCUCCUGGCUACCUCAGGCCUGGGCUCCCGAAUAUGGCCCUGCCCCCACCUCUGAGCCCUAGGCCCUCUUCUGAGCCCUUCAGCCACCACCCUGGAGCGCCUAGGGAGCUGGAUACUGCUGAAUUCACCAUCUACCCUGCAUCUGGAGACGAGAGAAUCAGGUUGGAACAGGCUCAGAAGCAGGGGCAGGUCUCCUUGGACCCUCCUGAGCACUUCCAGAGUGGACUGAGGGGCACCAAGCCUGCUACUGGCCUCCCCACAUUGCCAACAUCCUCUUCCCAGGAGGACCCAACUGGGGCCAAACACUGUAAGCACUCCAUCUCUGGCCAGGAGGUAUUGGAGGCUGAGCAGGACAGCCUGCAUCUUAGCCUUCUGGGGCUGGGCCUCCAGCUGCAGGACCUGGAGCGAGGCCUGGGGCCCUGGGCAUCAGCCCAGAGCAGGAUGGUCCAGCUGCAGGCCCUCCAGGCAGACCUCCGUGGGGCAGCUGAGCGUUUAGAUGCACUGCUGGCAUUCGGUGAGGGGCUGGCACAGCGGAGUGAGCCCCAAGCCCGGGCACCCCUGGAGCAGGUCCUGAGGGCCUUCAGAGCCCAUCGAGACAGCAUCUUCCGGCAGCUGUGGCGGCUGCAGGCCCAGCUGGUCAGCUUCAGCCUGGUGUUUGAGGAGAUCAACACACUGGAGCAGGACUUGGAGGUUGAGGGGGACUCAGACGGGCCAGGACAUGGUAGGAUCUGGGGGCCCUGGGCAUCCGGUAGCCUCCCCACUCCUGCAGAGUUGGAGUGGGACCCGGCGGGGGACGUUGGGGGCCUCGGGCCUUUGGGGCGAAGGACAGCCUGGACACCAGGGGCUCCCUGUGAGCUAUGUGGCCACAGGGGCCCCUGGGGCAGGGGACAAAGCCUCGAGGUAAGAGCAGGUGGGGUCACCUCCCCCCAGGCACCCAUGGACCCAUCUGUGUGCCUCCUAGCAGGGUCCUUCCCCUUCAAGGUUUUCAUGGCUCUGUUUCUCCCUCUAUCCCUCUCGGGGUCUAUUUCUCUUUUGCUAUCUCAUUGUCCCCUCCCCUCCCUCCCUCUGCCUCUCUUGGCCUCCAUGCCUUCCUCCAUCUCACUCUGUUUCCUUCUGUUGUAUCUACAUUUCCUCAUUUCCUCUCACUCUCUCCCUCACUCACCCCUAGGGGCCACACUAUUCCAAAUUCACUCCCAUCUCAAAGCCCCCAGUGCAUGCCCAGCUUACCUCCUCAUUCAUUCGUCUCUCCUCAGAUGUUACCUCUUCAGGGAGGCCUGCUCUGCCCUCCAAAUAUUAUUGCUCCUUGUCCUUUGACUUUAUUUCCUAACUGCACUUACCACAUCUUGACAUUAUACAUUUGUUUAUUAACUUAUGGUCUCUCCCUCUCUCCUGCUAGAAUAUAAACUCCAUGGAUGCCAGGACUUUGUCUGUUUCUACAUCCACUGUGUCCCCAGCUCCUAGAACUGUGCCUGGCAUGUAACAGACACUCAUUAAAUAUUUGUUGAAUGAAUGAAUAAAUAAUGUCUCCCUUCU